GAUUCAAAGUUUUGCUUUGAGAAGCUAGCAGCUCAGUGCUUGGGAAACUCACUACCUCAAACCAUGCAAUUGUAUACUACUUAUAAUAACUGCGAACUGAAGAUCUCCGCGCGUGACCCGGUUCAGCGAACGCUGUCUGCUCGCGGCUUACACGUUCGCUCGACAGUGCUUGCUGAAACUGAGCUAAGCGAGGCCAACGGAUGAGUACACCCUGUUGAGGUGAACGGCACCGAGCUUGACCUCAAGUUCGAGCUCACCAGCGCGACAUUGAGGGGCAGUACGCCGUUCUCCGCCGCUUGCCAUUCACGGUCCUCGCGCUCGCAGUCGCGUAACGUAUUUCGAGAACUUCCAGCGACUGAUAUUUGCAUUCUAUAUCUCAUUGUAAAGCGACGUCAACGCGGUCGCCCUGACGGCAGGGUCGCGCGCGCUGCAGCGCGCCGCAGCGUAAAUGGCCGACAACUACUCAGGUGCUGAAGUGUGGCUUCUGCUUGGAGGGGGCGCAGAUGCCAAGCGCCGCUGCCUAACGACGAGCGGGCCCUGGGCCAGGUCGUCAUGCAAGGAGUCCUCAGCGGACCAACAUCAUGCGCAGGCCGACCUGCGUGCCGCGCGCGACUACUGCGUGUUGCAGACCAGCAGCCAUACUGCUGCUGCCGGUCUGACGCCGCAAUCGAGCUCGCUUGACAUCUGCAGCGGGGCCGUGUCGAAGGUCGUGGGCGUCCGUUCUGCUGAUCGCGAUGACCGCUAUCGAACCUCGCCGCAGCAGGCUCCGACUGAGGGCGCGAGAGGCGUAGCUUCUGCAGUCGGCAGCACGCCACGGCUUCUGCUGCUUCCCGCCCUGCAGACACACCGACCCGCAUGCGGCCAGGACCACGCCGCUCACGCCCCAGCACCGCCGUACGGCUGCGCUGGCGGGGACGCCGACGCCGCGUCAUUGUGCGCAGCUGCUGCCGGCGCACACAGCAGCAGCUGCAGCCGCGGGCCGGAGCUCCCGGGCAGCUGUAGCAACAGGAGCUGUGACAACAACAGCAACGCAGGGCUCGCCUCAGCCUUGUUAGAACCAAGCCGCUCGCUGUCACUGCCGCUGUCGUUGCGGGGCCCGCCGGCGGCGGAUGCGUUACAUUACAGCGGCAGUAGCUGCAGCAGCGGCGCAGUCGUUGCGGCUCACCAUCACCGCCACCAGCAUCACCACACGAUAUUCGUGUCUGACCACGCCGUACAAGUGGAUCCCGAGCGGGGCUCCGUCACCGGCCUCCUACCCAUGGCGGCUCUGACGGACCUGGCUGCUGCACGCACCAACGGCAUGCCGCGCGCGGGCAGCGGCGCGGGCGGGGUCACAGCGGGCGGCAGCGGUGAUGCGGGGAUGGGGAUGAGUGCUCAGACCAAGCAGCGCCUGGUGCGUGUGCUGCUGCGGAUCUGGCCGCUCGCCGCCACUGCGGCAGCGCAGAAGCAGCAGGAUGCAGACUGCCGCGCAGCAGGCAGCGUUCCUGCAGACGCAGGACUGCACACCAGCACGGCUGCUGCUGCUGCUGCCGCCGCCACUGCCGCUACUGCCGCCGCCGCGCUGCUGCAGCCUGCGACGCCGCCGCAGGAGGACAGGGUUUCCAACCGCGGCGGCGGCGGCAUCCAGGCGUCAGGGUCAGCAGCCCCCGCGGCUGCACGCGUCGCCGCCGCCAGCCGAAAGCGGCCCUGGGAUCAGCAGGUGCAGCUUGAGGAGCAGCAGCAACAACAACAAGAACCGGUGCACGACAAAGCAGUCGCAGCAGGGAGCGCACCACGUGACGCGGCGGCAGCACCAUACAUCAGCCUGCCUGCUUCUGAGCACGCGGUGCCGCCGCAGCAGCAGCCCAGCUACUGCCGCCUCGAGGCGGAGGGCCUGCUACUGCCGGCCGGCCGCCUGGACCGGCUGCUGUCGGCAGUAGCACUUGCGGAGGAGCUCACGGCGCCCGCACCGCCGCCGCCACCGGCAGCAGGCUUGGCCUCGCCGCGGCAUCAAGCGGCGGCGGCUGAGGUGGCAGCUGAGGUGGCGGCUGAGGUGGCGGCGGCUGCCAGUGCGGCAGUAGCGUGCGGCCAGCAGCCGCAGGGCAGUGAGGGCAAUACAGUGGUAGGGGAUGAGGAGGCGGAUGCUGAGCUCCUACAGCUGGCGUUGGCCGCGGCAGCUCCAGGAGCAGCAGGGAAGGCGGCGGCGGGGUCGGCAGCGGCAGUGCGGGGAAUGGCGGCACCGGCGCUGCACGCAGUGCACAAGGCUCCGUACCUGGAACAAGACGGCUCGGCCCUUCAAGGCCCCAUCCUGCAAACCGCCGUCGACCUCAUACGUGUGGUGGAGGUGCGCGGCGGUGUGUCAGUGCGAGCGCCCUGGGACGUGGACGGGGCAAGCCCCGCCGGGGCCGCCGCUCCCGGCAGUAGCAGCAACGUCAGCAGCAUCGGUUCCUCCUACUUCUGUGCCGCCUGCGUCGCAGCUGCCUCCGGCAGUAGCACGGCAUCGGGGCAGCAGCAGCUUCAGCAGCAGCAGGCACGCAGGCGGCCGGCGCGCGUGCUGCCCUUGGAAGCCGCGUUGAAGCUGCUGGUAGCGUACGGCAGCGCGGCACGUGCGCUGUGCGAGGCGGAGGUACGGCAGCUGCGUGCCGAAGCCGCCAAUGGAGGCGGCAGUAGCAGCGGUGGUAACAGCAGCAGCGAUGGUGGCAGGAGGUCCGGCAGUAGCGGCGGUGGUGGCAGUAGCAGCGGUGGCGGCUGCCUGCUCAGCAGGCGGUAUGCGGCUCUGGUGCCGCUGAUGCGGAGGGCGCGGCGAGUGGCGGACCACCUGAUGGCGCAGACGGAGAGGGCGGUGCACGGCAAGCCGUUCGUGUGCGCGGGCUGCGGCCAACAGCAAUGCAGCAGCUAGGCGCAUAGCGGCGCCGCUCUGCAGGCGACUACGGAUGAACGUGUGGGAGUGCAGACGCAGCUACCGGCAGCUACCGGCAGCUACCGGCUGAUGUGCUUGGAUGUGCCUCAACCUGGUGUGUAGUGGGGUUAGGCGGUGGGGUUAGGCGCCUGUGCACUCUAUCCGGGGCCGGAAUGACAGCGGCAGGCCAGAGGGCUGCCCGAAACGGGUUGAAUUGUUUGCAGUGUGCUCGUCGCUUCUCAGGAAUAAAAACCCCAAAUGCGUUAACGAGCCGCGACUGUGCAUGGGAUGUGGCACGAAGGGGCUCGCGUUGCGAUUACCUCUCUGUCUGCAGCUGGCUGUGCUUCAGAGUGAGUGAGUGCAAACGACACGACAUGGAGCGCAUGUGCGGCAUUGACCUCAAGUUUCUCUUCUAACGAAGCAGAACAAAGCUACGAUGUGGUUUGAUGUCGUCAUGGAUUGGCGUCCGUGCGGCUGUGGGGCUGUGGCUUGGACCUGGUCGGGUUUGGUGGUGGCGGGCGGCGCUCCAUCUGCAGUAGUAGAGUUCUAUACCGGUAUGAUGGACACUCGAACCCAUGUCGCCGCACGCGUGCAGCAACUAUACUAGCCUUACGUUUCUCGGUUCGUGAGCUUGCGUAACACCUGCAAGUGCGCAUGAACUCAUUUCCAUUCUUCAGUACGGUAUGUAUGGUUUGUGGUUUUCCACCAUGCAACCCAAAUGCAAGGUUUUGCAGACUGGCUGUUACGUGUGCGGCUCUAAGGCUAUGCCCAACCUCAGCGCGUGUCCGACCGGGUCAUGCUCACCAGUCUAUUAUUAUCAAUGCUCACUGCUUUGCAAUUAAUGGGGCUGCGCUUGCGCUCAAGCCUGCAUGCCGCACGCCGGCCCCUGGCGGGACGGGCUUUGCGUCGCGCGGCUUGUGCUGUCAGGCCACGCACGCAACCCCCCAUCACCUGGCCGGCGAAGCAGCACGUGUUGGGGGCUGCCUAGUACGAUGCUGUAAGAUGAUAUGCGCGAGAGAUGAUGCGCGAGAGGCUGCACCCGAUGCUGCUGCGUGUCUGCACCAGGUGGCGGCGUAGCAUGAUGUGGCCAUUGUGUGAAAAGCUUACUUGUAUCCAUGACUACUGGCGAGCUGGCGGCAUCUGCUUCUCAGUUUCAGUGUUUACUGCCUGCUGGGGCGACGUGUGCGCGGCCAAGUCCGCACGUGUGUUUGUUUGAAGGAGACAUCUUCUUAAGAAGCACCUUUUGUGAAGAUGUGCACAUGCCAAUGGCAUGCAGGGCUAAUAUGUAGCAGGCGCAGCGGUGGCGCUGCACCCUGUUCUCAUGCGACUUGUACUGUCACCCAAUCAUCGUACUACAAUGUUUCAAAGUUGUCACCUGGGCUCGGCAGACGGUGCGCUGCGGUGAAACCGCUAGAAACCGCGACUGAUGGCGUGUCGGAUGCUCGGAACUAUUAGAUGUGUGGGCGUCGCGGCCGCGGGGUACUCGUGUGGGAGGCGGCAGGCGGGCCUGCACAGCCUCAGAGCUGAGUCCCGCUUGUGUGUGCGUGUAUGUGUGUGUGUCAAGAGCGCAACACUGGAAAGACGCAGCGUGUCUGUGGGGGGGAGGCUUGUUUGCGUGUGUGUGUGUGUGUGUGUGUGUGUGUGUGUCCGGAGCGUAAGGUGAGAAAACAUCGUGUGCGUGUGAACUGGGGCUCUAGCGGUAAAUGUCCGGCGCUGCCGGCGCCUGAUGUGGGGACACGGGGUCGUUGUAUGGGAUCUGAAUUGGGAUAGCACCGUAGUCCAAGCCUGACUGCGUUUGAUGAUGCAGGAUGGCUUUCGGGGGCCUGAUUGACCAAACUGCACCAGCACGCCUGCAUUAUUGGGCUUGCAGGUGUGCUUGGGGCAUUGGUUUGCACCCUGCUAGGUCCUUGUCCCACGGGCCCUUGGGUCGCAUCUCGGGAAUCCAGGCCGCGGGCUGCUGCAGCCAGUCUAGAAGCUGCAACAAUAAUUGUAACUGUAAAGCUAU